ACCAAACUCUCUCUGAUAUGUGAAGCAGAACAAAAGCUAAAAAUUCUAUAGAGGAGAGAGAAAACAAUGGCGGAGUCUCAUUCUCUCAACACGCAGCUCUCGAGUCGCACUUCCAUCUUCGGUCUGCGUUUAUGGAUCGUUCUCGGCGUUUGCGUCGGAGCCGCAAUCGUUAUUCUCCUCUUCCUCAUCUCCCUCUGGUUCAUUCACCGAAGAAGCAACAACAACAAAGCCCUCGAGUCUCACACCAUCGUCCCCGUAGUCUCCAAGGAGAUUCGGGUCGACCCAAUUCAACCCGACCCGACUCCCACACCCGAGUCAACGAACCACCGUGAAGACGACAACAAAAUCCACAUCGACAUCGGAAAAGACCACCGUAUCUCCUUCCCGGAGCGCGGCGGUUGGUCCGGGUCAGGGUCCGGGUCAGGACCCGAUCAGGCUGCCUGUUCGGGUCCUGAGGUUUCUCAUUUAGGUUGGGGGCAUUGGUACACUUUGAGAGAGCUCGAGGUUUCGACAGACGGAUUCUCCGACAAGCAUGUGAUCGGACAAGGAGGGUACGGGAUCGUGUACCGAGGCGUCCUCGAGGAUAAAUCGAUAGUAGCGAUAAAGAAUCUUCUCAACAACAGAGGGCAAGCUGAGAAAGAGUUCAAAGUCGAAGUCGAAGCGAUAGGUAGAGUGCGGCACAAGAAUCUAGUGAGGCUCCUUGGUUACUGCGUUGAAGGAGAGCAUAGGAUGCUUGUUUACGAGUAUGUCGAUAACGGGAACUUAGAGCAGUGGCUUCACGGCGAUGGGUUGGGUUCCAAGAGUCCUCUCACGUGGGAGAUUAGGAUGAACAUCGUCCUCGGGACGGCUAAAGGGUUGAUGUAUUUACACGAAGGUCUUGAGCCUAAGGUUGUUCAUAGGGAUAUUAAAUCGAGUAAUAUCUUGCUCGACAAGCAAUGGAACGCGAAGGUUUCGGAUUUUGGUUUAGCUAAGCUCUUGGGGUCGGAGAUGAGCUAUGUGACUACUCGUGUGAUGGGUACUUUUGGUUAUGUGGCUCCUGAGUACGCUAGUACGGGGAUGUUGAACGAGAGGAGCGAUGUUUAUAGCUUCGGUGUUCUUGUUAUGGAGAUGAUAUCCGGGAGGAACCCUGUGGAUUACAGCAGGCCUGUCGGAGAGGUGAACCUUGUGGAGUGGCUGAAGAGAAUGGUUUCGAAUCGUGAAGCGGAAGGGGUUUUGGAUCCGAGGAUGGUGGAGAAACCGUCUUUAAGGUCGUUGAAGCGUACGCUUUUGGUGGCUUUGAGAUGUGUUGAUCCUAAUGCUCAGAAGAGACCAAAGAUGGGUCAUGUCAUUCACAUGCUUGAGGCUGAGGAUUUGGUGUCGAGAGAUGAUCGGAGAAACUCCGGCGGCGGCGGGGGAGGAGGUGAUCCGAGAAGGUCACCGAGGAAGAUGAAUGUGGCUGAAUCAGAGGAUGAGAGUGUUAAUUCCAUUCUGAUUAAGAAUGACCAGUUAGCUUCGGAGAAGGAGGAGGAGAGUCAGUGAAAGAGUGGGAGAAAGCUUUGGCAUUAUAAUUUUGGUACACUAUUUUUAGAAAUUUUCUUGUGUGCAUGUAUGUGUAGAUUCUUGUAAUUUUGCAAUAAUAAAAAUGUGGCUUAGAUUAAAAAAGAGUUAUAUAUGUUGUUUUUGCAUUAGGUGAGGACUGUUGUAAUAUAAAGCCUUAAUAGUGAUUUGUUUUAUAGAUGUGGUACCUUCUAUAUA